CACGACAAGAGUCUCUGUCUCUCAAGACACUUUUCUAGCACCUUACCAAUGGCCAUCAAACAACCACACGAGUUGAAUUGGAAAAAUACUGACAUCGAUAAGGAGCGCUCUCUUCCCGCCGUUAAUUGGGAUGCGCUUCAAGAGUACGCCAUUGCUUUGAGGCAAGCGCAACGUGACGAUGGACCUCCCCCAACUUGCAAUCUACUUCCCCAGUACAAUAUGGGUGGACUGCAUAUCAUCAGACUACUCCAGUUCAACGAUGGCGCCAGAUGGGUCGCACGCAUACAGCUACACAGUGGCAGCGAUGAAUCCGCCAAACGACUUCUCCACGAGGUCCACACACUUUCUGUGAUCCGAGAACAGCGGCGCGUUCCGGUUCCAGAGGUGUUCGGAUACGAGAGUACAACCAACAAUCCAGUUGGUGUUGCCUUCAUCCUCAUGGACUUUAUCCCUGGUGACAGUGCGAUGGACUCCUUUGGAGGCUGGCACGCUCACCAUGGCAAGAUUCCCUCACAGUACAAGUCUAAGUUCUACCAUCAGCUCGCACAGAUGCAGGCCGACCUGGCUUCAGUCAGGUUCCCUAUGAUAGGAAGAAUUACGCAACGAAGCGAUGGUUCAUUUGCUAUUGACGCCAUCCCGGGCAUCGGUGGACCCUUUUCCACCAGUGCAGACUAUCUCGAAGCAUGGGCGCAAAAUGCCAAAUUUCCGGUGCCAGAGAAAGAGCUUCGAUCGAUGUUGCCACCAGACCUGGAAGAUGAGUUGAUCUCAUCAAUUCAAAGGUUUCCUGCCAAGCUCGCUGCAUCGGUCCGACGGACCCCGCUGAAAGAUGGGCCCUUCCCACUCUAUCAUCCCGACCUUUUCCAUAGCAACAUCAUCAUUGAUAGCGACUACAAUGUCUUGUCCAUCAUUGACUGGGAAAAUGCGUGCACAGUGCCGUGGGAAGUCGUUCAAUUCCCAAUGUUCCUGGCUUCCACGCCCCCUCCGAUGGAUGCACCGUGGAAUUACGACGACGCCGGCGAGCCCACAAACCAAGAAAUCCGUGAGCGUUGGAAGGAACAGAAGGAGUACCUGCAGAGUGUGAUGGAAGCAGAAGAACGGCGGCAGCUUGAUCAUAUGUUGUCUUCCACACUGGCUGAUAGGGAUGUGCAGAAUCUGGCCGGCGCGAUCAAGCUUUACAUGGACCCAGGCAAAAUUGGUUACUACUGUAAAGUACUUGAUUGCUUACGCUUUAUGUCAGGGGACGUAUUGUGCAAAUAGAGAUGCAUGUGUUGUGGGCUGUGUUACAGAUGAAGCCGACAAGAAGGUCGAAAUAAGACUGCCCCCACGGGCACUUCGGAUUCUGUAUCGCUUAGAUGGCGGCUUGGUUGUCGGUGAAGAUGGCGCCCCGUGUAGAGGAUGCUAGAGCCGAUAGAGCUGACAGCCGCUUCGUAGCGCCCGCUUCCACCUUCUCGCGAUGGUAGUCCCACCGGAGCUUGGUGUCCAUCUGGAUUGGCAGCUAUGUGCAGCGUACAACUAUAAAUACAGGCGCUCCCGCCCUUCGCCUUCAGAGACCAAGCUGCUCCUCCUAGAACUGCUUCCCCUUCUGCUCC